CAUGGGGAAGGCCUCCAGAUCUGGGCUAUUUUAAGCACAGAUGUUUCCAUUCAUAAGCCUAGGAAGUCCAAGGAGGGAGAAGCUAUCCCGGCCCAUAGCAGUCUUCCCACUCCCUGCACGUGACUCUCAUCUCCCCCAGGGGAGGGGGUGGUGUAGGGCAGGUCUGGAUAGCUGGGAGACAUCAUUCUGGCCCCCUCUACACCCCUUCCUUCCUCCCUUUCUCUGUCCAUUGGGAGGCAGAAGACAGGAAAUGACUGCCAUGCAUCUGGUAUGAUUUUUACCAAAACAGCGUUUUGCAGCUCAGCCCCAUGCUGUUCCCAGCUGUUUUCCUCUGGUACCAGCCAGGUGGCUGCCUCCUAUGUUCCCCUCCCCAUCCCUUCACAUGACUUCGGCCUUCGGCUUCUAAGCUCCUGGCUGCUUUCCACAUUCCACUCGCCUUCCAGAACCCAGGCAUCCUGGUCUCCAGCUGAAACCGUUGCAUGUGGCUUUCCCCAUCCCUGGCCCCGUGACUCAGUCCCUCUGAAGGGAGCAGCCCUCUUUUUUGGCAAUCACCAGGAGGUAGGGAAGGAGGAGGGAAGCUAGGUCGUGACAUCACAGUCAAAGGUUAUAAAAGCUUCCAGCCAAACAGCAUUGAAGUUGAAGAUACAACCUGACAGCACGGCCUGAGAUCCUGGAGAUCCCUCAGCCCAACACCACAGACAUCGGGUGGUAGAUUCCCGCUGCAUCAAGGCCUACCCACUGUCUCCAUGCUGAGCUCUCCCUGCCUUCUGUGGCUCCUGGCCGUGACCUUUCUGGUUCCCAGAGGUCAGCCCUUGUCCCCUCAAGACUUUGAAGAAGAGGAGGAAGAUGAGACUGAGACGGCGUGGCCGCUUUUGUCAGCCGUCCCCUGCGACUACGACCACUGCCGACACCUGCAGGUGCCCUGCAAGGAGCUACAGAGGGCCGGGCCGGCGGCCUGCCUGUGCCCAGGACUCUCCAGCCCUGCCCAGCCGCCCGACCCGCCGCGCAUGGGAGAAGUGCGCAUUGUGGCCGAGGAGGGCCGCGCAAUGGUCCACUGGUGUGCCCCCUCCUCCCCGGUCCUCCUCUACUGGCUGCUGCUCUGGGACGGCAGCGAGGCUGCUCAGAAGGGACCCCCGCUGAACGCUACGGUCCGCAGAGCCGAGCUGAAGGGGCUGAAGCCUGGGGGCGUUUAUGUCGUUUGUGUGGUAGCCGCUAACGAGGCCGGGGCAAGCCCCGUGCCCGAGGCUGGAGGGGAGGGCCGCGAGGGGGUCGACAUCCCCGCCUUUGGGCCUUGCAGCCGCCUCGUGGUGCCGCCCAACCCCCACACGCUGGUCCACGCGGCCAUUGGGGUGGGCAUGGCCCUGGCCCUGCUGAGCUGUGCCGCCCUGGUGUGGCAUUUCUGCCUGCGCGAUAGCUGGGGCUGCCCGCGCCGAGCCACCGCCCGAGCCUCAGGGGCGCUCUGAAAGGGGCCUGGGGGCAUCUCGGGCACAGCCAACCCCACUUGGGGCGCUCAGCCCUGCUCCCCGGGGAAGACGGGGACCCCGCUGCCACCAGGGCAGGUUGGACGGCGAGCUGGGAGGCAGCACCAGGGCCACAGAGGAGUCUUGGUUCUCUGGGCUGAGCGCUUGUUUAGGUAGCGGGCUUGGCGCUUUGUUUCCUGACUGAGGUCUGGGAAGGAGUAGAAAGAGUCCCCACAUUUUUUUUCAAGGACCAGAUGGUAAAUAAUGUAGUCUGCAGUUUAAGAGGAUAAAA